GUGGGAGAAAUCGCACGACCAGCGACGUUGUCGAUCCUGCUGUUCCUAGGGAGAAGAACUGCUUUUCGGUUUUCGUCUCCCUGGAUCCGGAGACCGGGAAGAUCAUUGGAGAACAAGAAGAAGGAGCUUACGACCAUGAACAUGAUGGAGCAACGCAUGACAAACCCAGCGGCAAUACCGUUCCCAGCAUGACAAAGUUCCACCGCACACUGAUCCGCCCGGCAGCCCGGAUGGACUACGACAGUGUCAACGAGUGUUUGCUCAACGACUCGCACGACGGCGUUUUUCCAGUGCCGAGGGAAUCUGUCAUGCUGGUGAAGGAGAAGGAGAUUGCUGCUGCCACUACAGCUGAGCCAGAAGAAAUUUGUCAUGCGAAAACCGCAGCGAACAAGGACAAGCGCAACACUACAACCAGCGCAACAUCUACCUUCAAAAAGCGCCUCCUCCCAACCACUCCGAAGGAGAUCCUGCAGCACCUGGCAAUCGUGACGAAAUCACGUCGGGAGCAGAGAUUGCAGUCCGGCGGAUUGACCCUGAAUUUUGGCAACGCCAGUGACGAGGUUGUCAUGGAAUUUGACCAGGAGACGGGCUGGCCAACGAGGUUUGAAUUUGUGAGUAACGGCACGAAGGACAGUACUGGUAAGACAGCGCAUUCAGUGGAAAACCAGCAUGACAAACGACCCUUCUACUUCGACUCGCACCGAAUUAUCGAGGAGCUGAUGGUGCUGGCGAAUCAUGUUGUCGCGAAGAAAUUGCUGCAAGCUUAUCAGCACAAAACCAUGCAGCGGAUCCAUCCGGACACCAGUAACCAGAUUCGGAAGCAGCUGUUGCUGUUUUUGCACGACUUGGUAGCGAAGGGGAAAGAUGGUAGACAUGUUGCCAGCAGAAGCGCUGCGGAAACCAACACUACCAGCACCAGAGAGGAAGCUGCAUCAGAAGCGGGUACUAAAAAUGCACCUCAAUGCACGGCCGAAACCAUGACGAUGAAGCAGAAAAUCCAGCAUUUUCUCACUGGCGUUUCGAUCGACGGGGGGAACACAGGUGGUAGCAUAUUCCGUGCAAAAGUAUCGUACUCGUAGUAAUCGCAGUCAUGCAAUACAAAUUUCUUUCUCAAGUUAAAUCCGCACUACAAACUUUAUUUCUCAUGCUGGGGAAAUUUGUCAUGCGAUAUAUACUAGUACUACGAUUCUUUUGCAUUUCAUACAGUACCAGUGGGUCCAACUAUGAUGGUUGUCAAAACGCCACCGACACAAACAAUCCUCAGCCCACGGUGGAAGAAAUUCUUCAAUUUGCCCAAACCCACCUACCCACAAGCCUCGCCGAGAGUGUGACUUUUAGUGCGUUGCAGGCACUGGAAAAAGCGGAGUAUAAGAUGGUGGAUGGCGACGAGGAAACCACGAUACAGAAUGCUGAUCAGGAUCAGCACGUAGCGGAAGUUGUAGACCAUCAGGCUGACAAAAACACAAGCACUGCGUCUUGUUCGUCAUCAUCUACGUCUUCCACUGCUACUACUUUCCACUGGGGCCUGAACCUUGAGGGGUAUUUACAUUUCACCUCCCCAAUCCGCCGCUACGCAGAUAUCAUCGUACAUAGGAUGCUGGCGAGAGCAGUGGGAAAUGAGUACGAGUAUGAGAAAGCAGUCGCACGACCUGCAGCUGCGGAGGAUACAGAAGUGAACGCAGCACAAAAUAGGUCGACGCGACCUCCAGCGAUCUCCGAAUCUGAGUGGUCGGACCUGCAGCAGAUCACCGCCCGAUGCACCGACUACAGCCGCCGGCAGGACGACGCCGCGGCGGACUGCCGAUUGUGGUAUUUCGCGGAAUUCUUGCGAAGGCAACCGUUGCCCGAGAGAGGAGUGGAGCUUGUCGGAGUGGUGUGGAAAAUACAUGCGUCGACGAGGUAUGCGAGUCCUGAUCUUACCACGACUUCUACACCCGCCGCGAUCUGCUCUGGUAGUAGCACUGCCCCUACAACGCCUGUUCCGUCAGUUUCGACAGCUGAUGGCGGGCAAAAAAUGGGUGGCGCACCAGCCGCCAUGGCGUCAAUGAACAAUCCGGCGGUGCUGGGAAAUGGUAAUGGAACUGAAGACAGUGGCAGCUGCUCGUCUCAAGACGGGGAUGACCGACAAGGUCGUUCCACCACGACUAUCUCAACACGACUCGCCGAAGGUUCUUGUCCAGAGUCUGAAGUCGACGAAACUAUGGCGCCUGCUGUUCCGACCACCACCACGAGCAAAGUGGAGUUUUUCCUCCCCCAACUCCGCCACACGAAAGCGGGGACGGUGGAGAGUUUGGAAACGACAAGCGAAAUUUUGUCCAAACUGAGUAUCGGCGAGCAAGUGAGAUUAGUCGCAAAACCGACGAAAAACUCGUUGAUUGAGGUCGUUGGUGGGGGAGGUGCGACGACGUCUCCUGCAUCGAAUUGUACUGGCGAGUUCAAAAAUAAAGCACUGUGGUCGUUGAAGUUGGUCGAGUGAGGAGCAAAUAAUCAAAUAAAAAUCUGUUUAUGCUCGUCACAUUGAAGUCGAAGGUCAAAC